AUGAACGCGUUUAACGACGCCAUUCUUUUCGAGAAGCUAUCUAAGCUGAAUGCAUCGCAGCAGAGCAUUGAGACUCUCUCCCAUUGGUGCAUUUUCCACCGGAAACGCGCCGACCAGGUGGUGCAGACAUGGCAGAAGCACUUCGCGAGCACGUCGCAGGAUCGCAAGUUACCACUGCUGUACCUCGCGAACGACAUUCUGCAGAACAGCCGCAAGAAGGGCCCAGAGUUCAUCCAGGAGUUCUGGCAGGUGCUGCCCUCCGCGCUCCAGGACCUCGUGCGCGUCGGCCCCGAUAGCACGCGGAAAUCGACCCUCCGCAUCGUGGACAUAUGGGAGGAGCGCAAGGUGUUUGGGCAGCGCGACGAGCCGCUCAGGAAGCUGCUGCUGGGCGAUCUCGUCAUCGCGCCGCCCGCCACGUCAGCCGCUCAGGCGGAGGAGCAGCCGGCCGCGGGAGCGGUUAGCACGGCGAAGGUGCGGGGGCCAUUGGAGCGCAUAUCAUCAGUGUACGGCGCAGUGCAGGAUGCGAGCAAGGACGAGGACACGGCGGUGCGGCGCUGCAGUGCCAUUAUCAACGAGCUGCAGACCAUUGAGAAGGAGCUCACUGCCCUCAAGUCGCCUGCCAAUGCGUCUGAGGCGGAUGAGCGCGCAGUGGUGUUGGACAGGCUGGACACCAAGCGCCACGUGCUGCAGCAGUGCUGCGACCAGAUGGCGGCGUGUGAGAGGAAGCGAGCGCUGCUGGUGAAGCUGCUGACAGACGCGCUCAGGACGCAGGAGAGCAAGCUGGAACGCCUGAGGUCACAGGUGGAGAUCGCGCGCACGCAGUCGGAGAUAGCAGCCAACCUGCGCAAGCGAGCCACGGAGGAGGACGCUGCCCGUUUGCCGGCUGGGCUUGCUGCAUCGGCAGGCGCAGCCGGUGGGGUUACCGAUGCUGAGCGGGAGGCUCGGCGGAAGCGGGCGGCGGAGCUGACGAGCCAGCUGGUUGCUUCGGCAUCAUCUGCUGCGAUUUUGAAAUCGGUUCUUUCGUCGUUUGCAGCUGGGCAAUCAGUAGCAGCAGGAGCCGCCGCUGCUGCUGCUCCGGCUGACGCUGCUGGUGCAGGUGGUGGGGCGGAUGGUGGUGGUGGCGGUGGUGGGGGGUUACAGAUCCCGGGAGCACCAGUUUCUGGGGCAGAUGCUACAAACGACCCUUCUCAGCCACCUGAGAAGCGGCUGCGACCCACCGAUACAAGCACACAGCCUCUAUCACACUCGUUUGCAGCUCCUCCCUCCACCGCCGCUACCUUCGCUUCCCCGAACCACGCAAUGUUCCCCCCGCCCCCACCCCCACUGAACAUGGAUGGCAUGCCGUUCCCCCCCUUGCCCCCUCCCCCCCCUCUCCCUACUCAAUCCCCUCCUCCCCAACAGACCUCUGCUGCUAUGCCUCAGUAUUCUCUUGCUUCCCCUCCCCCUCCCUACACUGCUUAUCCUCCCAAUGCUGCCACUGGCGCUCCCCCCCCUGCGUAUCAUGUUCUAGGGCAGGGAAAUGGGGGUUAUCAGGGGCAAGGACAGAUGGGGCCAGGGGAAGGGGGUGUGCAAGGGGGUGAUUUUUCGGGGCAAAAUGGGGGAGUGUACAAUGCGGGGGGCAUGCCUUCUCAACAGUACAUGUACGGUCAGGCACCGAUGCAGCGGGCGGGCCCUGGUGGUGUUCCGUCUCUUGAUUUUUCUGCCGCUCGUGAAACCGCCACCCCAAGGGAAUCAAACGUGCCUCCGAACCUGCUGCCAGAGGGAUGGCAGGGCGGGUUGGUGGUGGUGCCAGACACGCUCGGCGCGCUGCAAGGCUUGGCGAGGGAGGCUCGGCGGAGGUUCGGCGGCGUGGUGGUGGGGGUGACAGGCAGCGUGGGGAAGACCACGGCACGGGCCUUAACUGCCCUCGCGCUCUCGCCCCUGGGGGCUGUGCACCAGACCCAGGGCAAUCUGAACAACCACAUUGGAGUGCCGCUCACUCUCUUAGCGCUCCCUCAGUCCGCAGCAGCGUGUGUGGUGGAGAUGGGAAUGAGUGCACGAGGCGAAAUCGCCCACCUCUCCGCCAUCGCCGCUCCCUCCAUCCGCCUGCUGCUCAACGUCGGCCCCGCUCACAUCGGCGACCCCACACUCGGGUCUUUGGAGGCCAUAGCAGAGGCCAAGGGGGAGAUGCUAGCGGAUGCGCGGCCAGGAGACGUGUGCGUGGUGAAUGGGGACGACAGGCUUGUAAUGAGGCUGCCGGUUGUGACAGGGGUGAGACGGGUCGUCCCUCCCCACCUACUCACCCCUCCCCGCACGCAUCGGAGACCCCUUGUUGGGGCCUUUGGAGGAAAUAGCAGAGGCCAAGGGGGAACGAGGGAGGGAGACGUGUGCGCGGUGAAAAGGGACGGCAGUCGAGUUAUGGGGUUUCUGGAUGUGGCAGGAGUGAGACUGAUCACAUUUGGUCGCUCACCCGCCUGCGAUGUGCAGCUGCUGUGGGCGCGCGCAGUGGAUGGCGGCAUGGCAGUUGAAGCUGCCAUUCGCAACAACCUGCCUUGCACAGGAGGAGGAGCAGCAGCAGAGGCAGGAGUGACUAUGGCCUUGCGUUGCGGCGAGCAGGAGGAGGAGAAAGAGAGUGCUGUUCCCAGCAGCAGUGCACUGAGUGAUGGAACUAUGCAUCUGUAUGGUGAUAGAGACGAUGAGGGCACAGGGUGUCUGCAUGGGGAUGAGAGUGAUGCCGACAAAACGGUGUGUGUGCGAAUCAACAGCCCCGGGUUGCAUCUGGCUGACAACGCCCUUGCUGCAGCAGCCGUGGCGGUGGCGGCAGGCGUGCCUCUGCCAAUGGCAGUGCGACACAUGGCGCGAUACGAGCCUGUUGGGAUGAGGAUGCGGGUCGAACGGAUUCGGAGGAGAGGAGCGGCGGGAGAGGAGGGCGAGAGGAGCGAAGGGAAGGGAGCUGGACACGAGGGAAACGGUGUGACUGUACUGAAUGAUGCUUAUAACGCCAAUCCAAUCAGUGUUGCUUCGGCUCUUCACCUUCUGCAUCAGCUCUCACUGGAAUCAACUGCCUCCUCCUCCACCUACUCUUCCUCCGCACCCGCCGCCUCCUUUCCACCAGUCUCAGGCCGCCACGUGGCGGUGCUGGGCGACAUGCUGGAGCUGGGCAGCCAGUCAGAGAGCGCACAUGUGGACGCGCUCUCGCUCUGCCUCUCCCUCUCGGGAAUCUCUCUCGUCCUGAUAGCUGGCGAGGAGUUCAAGUCCGCCCUGGGGAAGAUGGUGGAGGGAAGAACGAGGGGAGGUGCAGGGGAGGGAGCGAGGGGAGGGGAUGGGAACCACAGUAAUGAAGGAGAUAGCAGCGCUGGAGAGGGGAAAAGUGGUUGUCUGCAUUGCUGUUUGGAAGAUGGUGGGGGGAGGCGUGUAAAUGUGCAUGCUUUUAAUUCAGCACAAGACCUCGCAGAGGCCGUUGAAUCGUCUGCCCGCGUUGCAAAGUCUCUUCUUGAAGCACCUAAAGGAGCAGUGAAUAUAGGUUUGAUACGGUCGGGAGAUGUGGUGCUGGUGAAGGGGAGCCGAGGACUGCGCAUGGAACUAGUCUUGUCGUCCAAUGGCGUGUCGUUCGGACUGAUGGCUCCCGAGGCGGCUCGAAUCUCUACGACCGUCGUCUCCAAAGCAAACUCAGUUAUCUUUCUCGCUCCCCAUCGCCCCUCCUUUUCCGCCAAGCCUCCCUCCGUCGCUUCCCCGCACCAACGCCUUCCGCAAAGGCCCGCGCGGCAAGUAGCCGCGGUCGCGGCGGAAACCGCCUCCACAGAAGACGACUCCGCGGACGUCCCGCCGCCGGGGUGCUCGCGGAUCAAAAUCGAGCUCGCGCGCCCGCUAGGGCUGGUCCUGGAGGAGCGCGCGGGGGGGAUUUUCGUGGCGGAGGUUGCGCAAGGGGGGAACGCGGAGGCGACGGGGCUUGUCGACGCGGGCGACCAGCUGAUUGCGACGAGUGCGAUCGUGUUCGACGACAGCGAUUCGUACGGCGGCGUCGUCGUGAAGAAGGGCAUGCGGAUCGUACGGUUCAACGUUCGCGGCGAGAAGUUUGACACGGUCAUGGCUGCAAUCGGGACACAUCCGUCGUAUCUCAAGGUCCAUAGAGCUGCAGAAGUGCAAGCCUCUCACCAGGAACCCGACCACCUCAUGCAAAUGCAUUUGUGUUGA